GCGUGGACAAAAACUCCCACAGCGCGUCCUGCGGGGCCGAGCUGCCCAAAACACACAUUUCGACAGCACAUUUUCCAAGCAUAACAAGGAGUUUUUCAGUUAGCGACCUCAUAGGUGAAUUGAACGGCAGCGAAUUUCACAAAAAAAAUGUCUGCGACGUCAACAAAAUUCGUAUCCCGAGCUGGAACGCAGCUUGACCUCUUCAGCAAAGAGCUGCAAAGACAGCAGCCUGGAGUAGGGCAUCCGCUAAGCAAUGGGCCUGGUUCUACCUCAUCUUCGCUUCCCUCCGAACCUUCUCGCCGAUCUUCAGUUCUUUCGGCCUCCCGCGUUCCCACAGAUACCCAAAAGCUGGGAACGCUGGAAGGCGUAUUCGUGCCCGUGUGUUUAUCUAUAUGGGGCGUGCUUGUUUUUCUUCGUUUUCCAUGGAUCGUGGGGCAAGCUGGACUGGUCGGGACCAUUGCUCUUUUCACGACUGGAUAUUUCAUGACGGGAACGACUACACUAUCUCUCUCAGCAAUAAGUACGAAUGGCCAAGUGCGCGGUGGAGGAGCGUACUACAUGAUUUCACGAUGCUUGGGACCGGAAUUUGGCGGAUCAAUUGGAAUUGUAUUCUUUCUUGGAACGGUUCUGACUGGAGCUUUGAAUCUGCUCGGAUUUGUGGAGCCAUUACUAGCAUCCUUUGGGGAAAGCAAUGGGGCAAUGGGUACCUUUCUUCCAGAAGGACGCUGGUGGCAGCUUCUCUAUGCAACCUGUGCCUCUCUGGUCUGUCUCGGACUGUGCCUCGUGGGAUCUUCGGUUGUUGCGCGUGCAUCCGUGUUCUUGGCUUGUAUCCUUCUUGUUUCAACUGCAUCUAUUAUGGCAUCAUUGGCUUUCCGAGAGCCCUUUGAAAGACCCGCCAUGGACAUUGUCUUCAAAGGAUUCAAUGGGGAGACGUUAAUGGAUAAUUUAUGGCCAAAAUUCAGUGUAGAUAUGGAUGUUCAGCAAAACUUUCGAACAGUUUUCGCAAUCGUGUUUCCAGCCUGUACAGGAGUUCUUGCUGGUGCAUCAAUGAGUGGAGAUCUAAAGUCUCCCUCACGAGCAAUACCAAGAGGCACUAUCUGGGCAGUGGGCUCCACGUAUGUAGCCUACCUGUCACUCGCCGUUCUGGUGGCUGGAUCAAUCGAGAGAACAACGCUGCUCAAGGAUCUCAGCGUUCUUCAGGAUAUCUCUCUUAUCCCGUCGUUGGUGGCUGUCGGUGUUGCCGCGACGUCCUUCUUCUCGGCACUUGGCAGUAUGAUUGGAGCGGCCAAAAUCCUUCAAGCUAUUGGCAAAGACGACCUUCUACCGGCUGUGUCGUUCUUUCAGCACGGAAAGCCUCCCAAUAAUGAGCCAUUGCGCGGAAUCUUGUUGACAUUCGGUUUCAUGCAGACUGUCCUGCUUUUCGUAACCGAUAUUAAUGAGAUUGCCCCCUUCGUAACGAUGUUUUCUCUUCUGACAUUUGGUGUUUUGAACCUCGCAUGUUUGCUGCUUCGAGCAUCAGGAUCUCCCAAUUUCCGGCCAACAUUUGAGCUCUUCAACUGGCGGACAGCUUUCGCGGGCUUCGCAGGAUGCCUUAUUGCAAUGUUCGUCGUGGAUGACCUACAUGCUUUGUACUCAUGCUUGCUUGCGGCGAUCGUCUUCGCUAUGAUCCACUACUAUGCCCCGCCCAAAACAUGGGGAGACGUAACGCAGUCUUUAAUUUACCACCAGUCGCGCAAGUACUUGUUAAGGUUGGACCUCCGCAAAGAGCACGUAAAGUUCUGGCGACCACAAGUCAUGGUCCUUGUGCAAGAUCCACGUCAAGAUUUUCUUCUGAUCAAGUUUCUUAACGACCUGAAAAAAGGGGGAUUAUUCGUUCUUGGGCAUAUUCUAAAGGGGGACUUUGCGACCCGGUUACCAGAUUACAAGCGUCAGUUACCUGCGUGGCUCCGAUACGUGGAUAUUGCGAAGGUCAAGGCUUUUGUGCAGCUCACAAUAUCGCCCAGCGAACGAGUCGGUGCUCAAAACCUUCUUCUUGGGAGUGGACUUGGAGGCAUGAAGCCUAACAUAGUGGUGUUAGGGUUCCUGGAGCCCAACAGACGACGUUCUCCCAAUUUCCUGGAAUCUGAUGAUGACGAUUUGGCCGAUCGUGACAAUACCGGGGGCAUAGCAAGCAUGUGGACACGGCCCAACCCUCGUCAAAGCACGGCAGAUCAGGUCGAAGAACUGGAGCAGGAUCCGUUGGCAGCAGAUUUACCAAAUGCCAUCGAUCUGGACGACGGUAUUGCAGAAAGCGAGUAUGUAGGUAUCAUUGAAGACGCUCUUGGCCUCAACAAAGCGGUUGGAAUUGCACGUGGCUUCGAAGCGCUCGAGCAGGAGCCAGGAGAAUAUCGCCCAUCUCAAAAUGCUUCCACGAAUGCGGCAAGAAGGUUUACUGCAUAUGCGGCGGAGGAAUACAAAAGAUUGUCCCUCUUCGUUACGAACCGCCUUGCGCAACGGCCACCAGAUUUUAGUACCAUGCUAGCUAACCAAGGCGAAACAUCUCCCUUACUCGGUAGCCGUCCCGGUUCUGAUGCCGGAGAUGACCUUGAAGUUGCCGCCCCGCAACGACGAUAUAUAGAUCUCUGGCCGAUUCAAAUGGCACAGACUGGUCUUGCGAAAUCUGCGUACACAUUCGACUCUUACACGCUGGUGUUGCAACUUGGAACUAUCUUAUACAUGGUGCCAUAUUGGAAACAGAAUUAUAUCUUGCGCACGAUGAUAUUUGUGGAGAACGAAGAAGAAGCUGAAGACGAGCGAAAUCGUGUAAUGUCCUUACUUCAAGGGUUGAGAAUAAAAGCUGAGAUUAAGAUGGUAUGGUUGCGACCACGCUUUGGAAAGAGCGACAGUCAGGAAUAUGAGCGCAUUUGCCGCCGCCUGCACAUGCAGUCGUCUCCACGCAGCGUAAGGGAAGUCAAUGAUCCGGCCGCUGGCGAAUCAUCACAAGAAACGCCCAAACGGCGUUCCGUGUUAAUGUCCACCAGACUUUCAGCGCAAUAUGUGCAUGGCUGGGAGUUCAGUGAAGCCGUUGAAGACGAGCAAUCAGACGACAAACAAUCAGACAACUCGUCACCGAUUGCCGAUAGCCCUUCACGCCGAUCAGGAGUUCCAUCCGUUUUCGAUAGUCUGCCAACCCGUACACAGCACAUUGUUCUCAAUCAACUUCUCCUCCGCCACUCAUCGCACGCAAGUACUGCGGUCAUUUUGAUGACACUACCUGCUCCUGAAGCUGGGACGGGUAAUAGCAGAGAGAAGUCGAUGCGCUACCUUGAAGAACUCGAUCUUUUGACAAAAGAUCUACCGCCUACCUUUAUGGUCCAUGGAAAAGGCCUUACUGUUACUAUGUCGCUGUAGCCUUAGAGAUCAUCAAUGAGUUAGAUAGGAGAUAGAAUUGCAUUUUUCUUAUAUUUUAUUCGUAUUUAUCGUAGUUCACACUUUAGGUUAGCGAAGGAGGGAGUGAGGGAGAAAGCAUUUGACACAUUUAUUCAGAGUACCAAUAUCACACGAUACGCAUAAGUGACUC